ACAGAACUUAGCUUCUGUUCUACGGACUGAACCUGGAAACGUCAACCACAUCACACCAACUUUCACUGCCUUUCACUGCAGCAAAGGAGUAAGAUGCAAGUAAAGCCUGCUUUUCUGGUCAAUGUUGUGUUARUUUGUUUGAUGACAAACGUUAUACAUUUGCAAGCAAAUAGAAGUUAUGAACAUGGACGUGACUCGAACGAGUGUCCUAAGCCUCGUGUUGGAAAGUGUUCUUGCAAAUGUAWUAGGAAUUUAUGCAAAGUUGCGUGUUCUGGGCUUGAUGCCAUGCCUAUACAUCUUCCUCCAAACAUAACUCAUUUAGAAAUAGCCCAUGGAUCAAUACAACAUGUGCCAAAGGACUACUUUCUUAACCAAGAUUUGAUGUUUACACUAAAAAUAUCAUCCAACCAACUUUCGACCAAAUUUCGACUUCCAAAGAAAGUCAAAGAUCUUGACCUUCACGAAAAUAACCUGAAUGGUUCAACUCUUUAUGGCAUGUUUGAUGGUAUUAUUGGAAUCACCAAACUAGAUCUCUCAUCCAAUAACAUUGGURGCAUCAUUCCUGGAACAUUCAAAAGCUUGAAGAAUUUGAGARUUUUGUCCUUAGAACACUGUAACAUCAAUAAGCUCUACAAAGGAACAUUCGAUAAUUUACACUUGUUAUCCGAGCUGGUAUUAAAUGCAAAUCCAUUAAAAAGACUCAGCAAAGAAACGUUCCAUGGYAUUAAAAGCCAAAUAGGAUUAAAAAUGAGAAUACAAAAUUGUGAAUUGGAAGUUAUCGAAAAAGGAACAUUUCAAGAUAUGCCAUUUGUAAAUAGUCUGACGCUUUCUUAUAAUCAAUUUACAAGUUUUCCUAACCUCCAUGGAAUCGGAGAAAACUUACAGGAACUGGAUUUAUCGUACAACAACAUUGCUAACAUUUCUGGUAUCACCAAAUCAGGAAUCAAAGCACUACUUCAACUAGACUUGAGCAACAAUCGGAUAGAGUCGAUACUUCCAGAACACUUCGAGAAUAUCACUAUUUAUACUUUUGUGUCACUUUCAGAUAACAAAAUCAAGAAAAUUCCUGCGGGUAUUCUUAAGAAAUCCGACAAUUUAAUUCARUUGAUUCUACAAAAUAAUCAAAUUGAAGUCAUCGAAAAGGGAAGUUUUGAUGGAAUGACAAAUCUGAAGAAAAUGUAA